AUGUCGAAAGAUACCAUCAGAGUCGUUGUUUGUGGUGACGAAGGUGUUGGCAAAUCGUGCCUGAUUACUGCGCUGGUGAAGGAUGCCUUCGUACCUAAUAUCCAGGAUGUGUUACCACCUAUAACAAUUCCAAGAGACUUCAGCUCGUCCAGGUACUCUCCCAACUCGACAAUACUGGUGGAUACAAACUCACAGGACAUACCGGCUCUACAGCAUGAGAUACGGAAGGCAGACGUCAUUUGGCUAGUGUACUCUGACCACUACACGUAUGAACGAAUCUCCCUUUAUUGGAUGAAUGUGUUCCGCUCAAUGGGCGUCAACUUACCAGUCGUUCUGUGUGCCAACAAGGCAGACGUCGGGCUGGACUCAGACAGAGUCAUUCACGAUGAAUUCAUACCGAUAUUGAAGGAGUUCAAGGAGGUUGAGAGCUGUAUACGAUGCAGCGCCAGGGAUAAGUACAACAUCAACCAGGCCUUCUAUCUGUGCCAGAGAGCCGUCACGUAUCCAAUAUCACCUCUCUAUGAUGCCAAAGAGGGCAACUUGAAACAGGACGCUGUGGACGCACUGUCAAGGAUAUUCUUCCUAUCUGACAAGGACCAAGACGGCUAUCUGAGCGAGGAUGAGUUCUUAGCGUUACAGAUGAAAUGCUUUGGAAGAAGCUUGGACAUCAAUGAUAUAGCUGAUAUUAAACAAACUGUUAACGGUGUCAAGAACGGCUCAUUCUCUGAGUGUGGACUAACAGAGGACGGGUUCCUCAUUUUGAACAAGAUAUUCGCUGAGCGUGGAAGACAUGAAACCACUUGGGGAAUACUGCGUACUUUCCACUACACAGACUCCCUGUCUCUUAACGACAGGUUCCUUCUUCCUAAGCUGGACGUUCCAAGAAACUCGAGCGUUGAGCUGAGUCCCAUGGGCUACAGAUUCUUUGUCGAUCUGUUCCUACUCUUUGACAAGGACAACGAUGGUGGACUGAACGACCAGGAGAUCAGGUCUUUGUUCAGACCGACUCCUGGCAUACCAGAAGCGUGGGUUGAAACGAACUUCCCACAGACGACAGUGAGAAAUGAGCAAGGCUAUGUGACGUUACAAGGAUGGCUUGCCCAGUGGAGCAUGACAACUUUCCUCGACUAUAAGAUCACGCUAUCGUACCUCGCGUAUCUGGGAUUCGAAUCAAAGAAUGGACUGACUGCUGCAUUGAAAGUCACCAAGGCAAGGAAGGAACGAACUAAGAAUGGAUCACAGGUUCGGGUCAACGUCAACGACCGUACUGUGUUCAACUGUUAUGUCCUUGGAGGACCUAAGAGUGGUAAAUCCUCUCUACUGGAGGCCUUCCUCGGAAGACAGUACUCAGAGGUCUACAAUCCAACUAUUAAGCCUCGGAUCGUUGUGAACAGUGUCGAGCUGAAGGGAGGAAAACAAGUGUAUUUGAUUCUAGAGGAGCUGGCAGAGCUCGAACCUGCAAUCCUGGACAACGAGGCACGGUUGCAACAGUGCGAUGUGCUAUGUAUGGCCUACGACUCUUCUGAUCCUGACAGUUUCCAUUAUAUCAUCGAACUGUUCCAGAAACAUCCCUUGAUCAACAAGAUCCCCACAAUCAUUGUUGCUCUCAAGGCUGACCGUGAUCGUCAGCAGCAACGGUGCGACACCCAGCCCGAGGACUUCGCACAGUCACUGUACCUGCCUCCACCUCUCCAUAUAUCAUCCACGUGGUCGUCAUCCAUGUCGGAGCUCUUCAUCCAACUCGUUGAGGCAUCUCACCAGCCUAGCAUCGCUACCCCAGGGCUGGAACCGGAGGUUCAGCCGGAUCACUUGUCCAAUGUCGUCAUUGGCGCCAGUGCAAUUGGCUUCAUCAGUGUACUGACACUCUCCAUAUAUAAGCUGACCUUCUCCAGGCCAUGAUUUACCCUAUUGUCGUUCUCUUUGAUGAUGAAGUUCUGCGUAGAUGCCCUCGGUCAGUAUUUCCGUUUUCGGAAUAGACAAUGCGUAGAUGAAGUACACCAAUUUUUUUUCUCUUCUGAUGUUGAUGAUUGGCUGCUAUAGGAUUCAUGGGUAGUCCUCCUAUCCAGAGGGUAUCAAUUGAUCAUCUAGCACCAUGGCAUUGUCUGCUGGUAUCACGAUAUCGAUUUCUCUGCUGAUAUCGUUUCUCUAUGUGGCUGUACUUCACAUAAAGAUUCCCGAAGGACGGAUGAAUAGAAACGAUCCAGUUGUGAUACGGAGAAGACUGACAG